AUGGCGAAAAAAGAACAGAAGAUUCAGCCGAAGACACAGAAGACAAUGUCAUCUUUACCAUCACCAUUGAUUACCAGAGAGAGAUACAAAGGAGUGCGAAUGAGGAGUUGGGGUUCAUGGGUUUCUGAGAUAAGAGCACCAAAUCAGAAAUCAAGAAUAUGGUUAGGAUCUUACUCGACUCCUGAAGCAGCAGCAAGAGCCUAUGAUGCUGCCCUUUUAUGCGUUAAGGGCCCAACUGCAAAUCUAAACUUUUCUCCCGACCAUUAUUAUGAUCAUGACUCUUUCACCACCACCACCACCACCACCACCAUCAUGUCUCCAAAAUCCAUUAAAAAGGUGGCAGCACUAGCGGCGGCGGCUGCCACAAGUACCGGUCCAUCACCAUCUCCACCACCAUCUCCAUCUUAUUCAUCACCAUUAUCACCAUCUCAAUCAAUAACUUCAUCUAAUGAGAAAACCCGAAGAUUGUCUUUUGAAAACGAUCCACUUGAUGGCACCUUGAUGUCGAUGGUUGCACCAUGGUGCAACGUCUUUGAUUCACCAAGGUACAAUGAUGCGAUGCACAGCGAGUCUUCGUUUGACCCCUCCGAUGAAGAAGCUGGUGAAAUUCGUCUCUGGAGCUUCUACUGA